AUGACAUCGAAAAACUCUGCGGAAAUUAGUGUUGGCUUUCCAAUAUAUGGCCUCCGCUUCAUAAAUAGCAAAACAUUGUUAGCUGUUGGAGGUGGUGGCGAAGGGAACAAUGGUAUUCCGAACAAAAUCACUGCUCUCAAAUGUAGCUUCAAUGCUCCCGAGAAAAGCAGAAGGUUGCAGAAGUUUAGAGAGAUCACAUUGCCUUCCAAUGAAGAUUCCCCGACGUGUGUCGACGUUUGCAGAAGUGUCGAUGAUGACAACAUUCGCUAUGCCAUUUUUGUCGGAUGCAAUCAAUCGACUCAGUUGAUCAAUACCAUGAACAUCAACAACAACUUGAGAAAAUAUGUUUUUACCGAUGAGGAACAUUUGCAGUUUCUGGACGCCGUGCAAUUUGACGACUCGGUUCUGCCUGGAAGUGUUGGGGAGUAUCCUCGAAUUGUGCAUUUGUCUCCAGAAAGCACCUUUGGCGCCAUGAUGACAUCGAAGGUUCCAUCGGAAAUUUUCAUCUUCAACCCGAAGACUUUGGAGUUAGUUUUGCGCUUUCAACCGGAGACACCAUCGGAAAUCAAAGACUUUCACUUGAAUCCUUUCGAUGAAGGCAGAUCAUUGUGCUUCAUCACCGCUUCUCGAAUUGAGCAUAUAGCCUCAUCUUCUGGUGCUAUUCUAGCCUCCUCUGUAAAGGCUUCGAAGGCGACUACUAAAACAUUGGCGAAGUACAUUUUGUCGAAAGUUAGAUUUAUCUCUCCAGAGAAAGUGGUUAUUACUGCCUCAUUACUCGGCGGAAAAGGGUGUGCGUUGCUUGAAUACGACUUUUCCAAACAGAAAAUUACAAGGGAGCGCUUCAUUUCUAAGAAAAUGAAAGGUAUUGUUGCCAUCGAUGUCGCGAAAGCGACGGAACUUAUCGCCGUGGCUGGCAAUGACUGUUCAGUUUCCUUGAUUAGAAUUCUGGACUUGAAAAUAGUGAAAUCGUUCCCUGAUUUGCAUAAGUUUGCCAUUACGUCAUUGAGCUUUGCUCCAAACGGUAAGAGAUUGGCCACAGGUAGUGCAUCGAAUAUUUUGAAUGUGGUAACUAUUCCACCAAAGAUUGCAUCUAGUAAUUCACUUAUUGGAACUUUAUUCCAAUAUUUGCUUUACACCUUUCUAGUGGCUAUUUUUGCAAUUGUUUUGCAAAAAAGUCAUGAAUCAGGUCACCUCGACCAAUUCCUUCUGAUGUCCCAAAAGCACGGGAGUGAAGCCCUUGUACACAUUGAACAUUAUGCUCGCCAUUAUGGUAAAAUUGGGCUCGAAUUAUCACAAAAAUAUGGCGAUGAUUACUAUCAUAAAGCCCAACACUACGGAAGAAUAGGUUAUGAACUCCUCAAAGACAAGUCGAAUGAAGGGUUUGAGCUCUUGAAGGAGAAAUUAGAGAAGAACAAGGUUGACUCCACCAUACAAGAGGCCCAAGAAUGGGUGAAAGAGAACGUCUUAACUGAGACUAUGACAACUGAACCUUCCAUUGUGCCCUCCAUGGAAUCCUCCCACGACACUUCCUCAGCUGAGCCGCCAGUUGAAAAGGCCAGCGAGACUAGAAUCAACACAGAUUUUGCGACAACUGCUUCUACUGUUAAAGAAGACAUAGUGGUUGAAAUCACAAGAAAUGUGGAUGAAAUCACUGCCAAAUCGCAGAAUAUUGAUACAGAAUCAAUCAUCAAGGAAGCUGUUCGACAAGUUACAGUAGUAGAUGCUCCUGGAACACCAUCAGGUACGAUUGGUGUGGAGAAGAUCCUUGAGUCUUCUGUAUCGAGUCUAAAUGUUUCUGACAAAUCCGAGGUGUCAGAAAAUUCCGCAUCGGAAGUCCCUCAAGUGCUCGCAGCUGAAGAUUCUUCUGAAUCAACCUAUACUUUUUCUGCUUCUCAUGAAGAUGUAUAUGACGACGACGCAAAUAUUGGAGGAUCGGAGCCUGAGCAUUCUUCUACCAAUGAAGGUGUACCAACGGAGAUGUCGGAUUCAAAAGACUCACAUGAGACCAUUUUAUCCACUCAAGAUGUAACAACCGAAACAAUUCCUGUUUCUGAAUCAGUUAUGGAAAGUCAAAUUAGAGACGAACUUUCAAUUGCGCCCUUGCAGUCUGCAACAGAAGGGGACAAUGGGACAGGGUCCACUGAAACGUCUGAGCCAAUAUUGAGCUCUGACAACGUUACUUCUCCUUUACCAGAGGGUUUUGAUGCUGAGUCUUUUCCAGACAUACCAAUGGGAGGUGUGAGUGAAAGUACGAAGCAACUAACGCACACUGCCUUGUCCCUUUCUUCAGAUAAUACUACAGAGCCUCCUGCGGCGACAAGUACUGGCAAACCAGCCGAGACAAAAAUAUCGGAAACACCUGAGACGGAAACAACCGAGACAGAAUUAACUGAGACAAAAUCAAGUGAGACAGAAUCAAGUGAGACAGAAUCAAGUAAGGAAUCAAAUGCGACAGAAUCAACUGAGACAGAGCCAAGUGAGACAGAGUCAACUGAGACAGAGUCUACUGAGACAGAGUCUACUGAGACAGAGUCUACUGAGAUAGAACCAGCAGAGAUGAUGUCUAUAAAGACCACAAAUUUUGAUGAUGAAUCUGUUACGGCAUCCAUAGAAAGUCAAACACCAAAAUCUGCCUCAACUGAAACAUCAUCGACUGCAAUUUCAGCAGAAAUAACAGUGGAGAUCGAAAAACCAGAAGCCUUAGAAUCCAGUCGAGUGGAACCAUCCAACGAGGAUGACUUUUCAACGGAGUCAGAAACUAUAGAAUCUGAACCAGAAACUACAGAAGCCUCUACUGUUACUCCCACUUCAGAACCUACGCCUAUUUCGGUAUCGCCAGCACCUAUUGGAACACAAUUACAAGAAUCUGAGGCUGAAUCUGCUCUUUCUGAGAAGCAGCCACAACAGAUUUAUCAACAGGAAAAGCUUGCUUCGCCUGAGGCCAAAAACAGUGCGAACACUGAUUUGCACGACGAGUUGUAG